UCCGAUGAUUGGCUCCCACGACAAUAAUAAUGUCCAUCGCUUUCUAUCAUUAACGACCAUCGAUCGUUUACUUAUGUGAAAAUUUCAUUUGUUUUUUUGACAAUAAUGCAAGAAAAUAUUUCGUGCCAGUUUUUAUAUUGACGUUUCAAUAAGAAGAAAUCAUUGUAUUGUAAAUUACCUGAAAAAAAAAACAUGACUACGGCGCUUUAUCUAGAGCAUUAUUUAGACAGUUUAGAACAUUUACCAAUUGAAUUACAAAGAAAUUUUACAUUAAUGCGAGAUUUGGAUGCAAGAGCUCAAGGACUUAUGAAGGAGAUAGAUAAACUGGCAGAUGAUUAUUUAAAGAAUAUAAAGAAGGAAUCAACUGAAAAAAAGAAAGAACAGUUAUCUCAUAUUCAGAGUUUAUUUAAUAAAGCUAAAGAAUAUGGUGACGAUAAGGUUCAGUUAGCAAUUCAAACGUAUGAACUUGUAGAUAAGCAUAUUCGAAGAUUAGAUUCUGAUCUUGCAAGGUUUGAAGCAGAGAUACAGGAUAAAGCUUUAAAUAAUAGCAGAGCCCAAGAAGAGAGUACUUCUACUAAAAAAGGAAGGAAAAAAUUAAAGGAGAAAGAAAAACGAAAGAAGGGCACAGCAGGAGCUAGUAGCGAAGAUGAAUCUAAAAGUGCUAGGAAAAAACAAAAGAAAGGUGGUUCAGUUGCUUCAGCUUCUUCAGCUGGAGCUGUUGGAAGUGGUGCUCAGGUAGAUUCCACCACGCUGGGUCAUCCUGCGGAUGUUUUGGAUAUGCCAGUAGAUCCCAAUGAACCAACUUAUUGUUUGUGUCAUCAAGUAUCAUACGGAGAAAUGAUAGGUUGUGAUAAUCCAGAUUGUCCUAUCGAAUGGUUCCAUUUUGCCUGUGUUGGUUUGACCACUAAGCCAAAAGGGAAGUGGUAUUGUCCUAAAUGUACACAAGAUAGGAAAAAAAAAUGAAUGCCAAAGGACAAACAGUUGCAUUAAGCAAUUUUAAAAAAAGAAAGAACUUCUUCAUAUGCCAGUUCUAAAAUUAGUGAAUAACACCAUGAUUGAACAUAAAUUAAAAUUUAUUUGUAAAAAAAAAUAUACAAAGCCCUGUAUUUUUAUUGCAUUCAAAAUUGAUGAGUGAUCCUGCGAUAGAAAACUAUUUUUUUGUUUUCAGAUAAACGCAGGGUUUAAAUGAUUUGAGAAAAUCCCAAACAACUCAUUAAUUUUUAUUGUAAUGAAAGCAUGGAGCUUGGAUGCAGCAUAUCGCAGAAGAUGAAAAUUUGAGAUUCGGCCAUAAUUUUAAUUUUUGUUUUAUAAUUUAUAAUUUUUUAAAGUAAUUAUUUAUUCAUAAUUUAGAAUAUGAUAAAAGUAUAUCUCUUAUACAUAAGACCUUUGUCUUUGGCCGCUUUUUGAACAUCUGUGAUUUGCUUAUAACGAAAAUGUUUUCCUAUGAUAUGGUAUUGAAAGCUAUAUUCUCGGUAAAUACAGUUUUUAUAUUUUGUAAAUGUACAUGAAAUUAAUCUGAAUAAGUUUCAUGCUGUUGAAGUAAACUAAAAAUUAGAUCUAUGUAAUUAAACAAAAAGAAAAGAAUAUAUAUAUACAUGUAUAUUUGAUUUGCAGAAACAAGGAUUGUGAGUCAUUAAUCCUCUAUUAUAAUACGAGGGUUUUAUGAAAUAUAUUUACAAUCUUA